GGCUCCGCGGCUGGUUGAAUAGUGAUCAGCAAACCUUUGAACCCAGCGCCACAAUUAAGUUGACCGCAGUGGAAUAUUUAGCACCAGUUGGGUGAUUGCUUCUUUGCGGUUUUGUGCUCGGAAGAAUUCCUUGAGCGGCCAUGCUCGGAGAAAUAGAAUCGAGAAGAAGACUGCCGCAUCCACUUGCUCUUCUUUCGAUGCUAGGCGGCCACCAGGUGCACCUGCUUCCGGCUCUCAGCAACACACCUCCUUCGCCAACACUUUGCAACAAAGAACCGCCAGCGCAUGAUAACAUGGCCCCCCCUAAGAAGAAAACCCGCAGCUCUCGAGUUCCGCCCCAAGACGAGCAACUGGCUCAGUCCCUGCUUCUGUCCGAUCACCGUACCGCUUGGCUCGUCAAGUACGCGUCCUUCCUCCGCUUUCUCCACCCUCUCCUUGAUAACCAGGUUGUCGAGCUCAAGACUCGAGGGGAAACCUUCAAGGUUUCCAAGAGCGUCCUCACAAGGCAUUCGGAAUACUUCGAGGGCUGCUUCACUGGACAGUUCCUGGAGGCCAACAAAGGGGUGGUCCAGUUUGACGACGAUGUCGACCCGCGAUACUUGGCACUCUACAUCGGCCUCGCCUACAGUCACUCGUCCAUCGUCCCCCAUACACCACCCCCUCCCGCCGAGAGCCCCGAGUCUUCGGCACCUAAGGCGCCGCUCCGGGACUUUAUCGAGGUCUACAAGCUGUGCGACCGGUUCCUCAGCCCCACCAUGGCGUCCUUCAUCGAGAAGUGCAUCAAGACGGCCAUCGGCGACGGGCACCGGGCGCUGUUCCGCACCGAGGCCGACGAAACCAUCCAGAAGGCGCUGAUGCGAGACUUUGCUGACGCGUACGAGGCGCUGGAAACGGGCCACGCCGAGCAGAGCGAUCUGUGCAAUUUGAUGAUCACGUACUUCUGCGACGGCGUGAGCUUCGAGGCAUGGAUCUCGUGCAUGGAUGAGAUUAUGGACCGGCCGCGGUUCAUCGGCCAUGUGUCGCGCGGGUUUGCGUCCAAGUUGGCCGCGUUGCAGGGGGCGAGGCUGAAGCGGAAGGAGUUGAAGGGGCCCUGAGAGCUUUCGUGAAGCACGGCGGGUUGGCUGUGGCUGAAGAGAGAGUUACGACAUAUCAUUGCGCCUCCUAUGGGACUGCAAGCACGGAGUUAUUUUGCUAGCGACUUUCACAGACGGGUCUGGAGUUUGGAAGUAGCAUUUCGGUUCAUCAACUCAAUGGGUGGUAUGGUGUUAGCUUUGAUG